AUUGGAUGGGGAAAUAUUCAGGAUUAUGGGGUGAAAUUGUUAUUGUACCACACUCUAUACCUAGUUGACAUGGAGAACCAAAAAGCGGGCCGGGUUUUGAAGCUGGAUUCAAUCCGGAGCGGGAAUGCGUGGCUAGGAAUGGACGUCCUGAUCUUCAACUCGUGGCAUUGGUGGACCCACACCGGAGGUUCUCAGCCAUUUGAUUACAUAGAAGAAGGAGGGAAAUUGUACAAAGACACGAACCGGCUUGUAGCAUAUUACAAAGGGCUGACUACUUGGUCGAGAUGGAUCAAUCGAAAUAUCGACCCUUCCAAAACUAAAGUCUUCUUUCAAGGAGUCUCGCCCAUGCAUUACGAGGGAAGGGAAUGGAACGAGCCAACAAGGUCAUGUAAAAGCGAAACACAGCCAUAUUUCGGGUUGAGGUAUCCAGCAAGCACACCUCAAGCAGCACUUGUAGUGAACAAAGUGCUGAGCAGAAUCAAGAAACCGGUGUAUUUGCUUGACAUCACAUUGCUCUCCCAAUACCGAAAAGACGCACACCCCACCUUCUACAGCACCCACAGCGGCUUGGACUGCAGCCACUGGUGCCUCCCGGGCCUCCCCGACACGUGGAACCAGCUGCUCUACACGGCCCUCGUUGGCUGAGGACUGGAUUCUCCAUUUCCCGAUCGUGGUCUAGCCGAGUCUCAUUCAUUCCAUUGGUUCGUAUUUAUGUGUUUAUAGGGCGGGACGGGAUAGAAAAUAGACGGUCUCGUGUGUGUAGGGAGGAGGGAGGGUUUGUUGAUAGAGAGGAGAGGAAAUUCAUUUUCUUUCUUUCUAGUUUCAUAUUUGUUGUGAAAGUGUUAUUAAUAAGAAUGGUGGUGUUGGUGGUUCAAAUGUAAACUAGCUCAUUGUUUUGGCAAUUGAACAUCUAAAUAGUGCCUUAUAUUGGUGAAAUGAAGAAGAUUACAAGUAGUUUGUUCAA